AUACUUGGUUGAAUGGCAAUACAAAGACAAGGAGCACCAGAGGGAAUGACACCGUUGUGUGUGCUUCGGUCUUGAGGGAAUCUGCGGGGGAAAAGACGUUCAGCUUGUCCGGCACAGUCAACGGGCAGCUUUGUUGAAGCAGGGUGGAUUCGACUCUCUUAUCGCGUGACGAUUCAUCCUCAUCUGGACGUAAGCGCUGGUGAUGCUGCUGCUGCACCAGGCGGCAUUGGAGAUAGCUAUCAGCACAGCACGAAUGAACACUUUGAUCACCGAAGAAGUGUCCUUCGGUGAGGUCAUGGCAGUGUGAGGGAUCUUGGUGGUAACGCAGCUUACUAUGCUGUAAAGCAGAGGGAAGCUCGGGUUUCCACAGCCAUCGCGUGAGAGGAGAUCAUGUAAUCAUCUAGUGGGCUGCGACCACAUAUUCACAGGUGUACAGUUUUUGCGUGGAUCAAUGCGGAUGCUUUCAACUCCAACCAAACCGGACUUUGGAUGACAAUAUUUAACAAGUCAACACAGAACCUUCCCCUAAAGUUAGAGUGUGGUUCCCCGUUGGUUAUUUUGUUUGGCAACCAAUUCCUAACGUUCUAGAAACGUUCUUGUUAAGUUUUGUUUUUUUAUAACCGUAAACUAACGUUCCCAGAACGUUCCGGGAACCAAAAAGUGUUAGCUUGGGUUCUCCUGGGAAAAAAAGAAAAAAGAAAGAAAGAAAAGAAAAUGAGGAAAUCCAAGAAGCGUGAUGGACAUGAAGUCAGUUCUUCUUAAUGUGGAGUAUAAAAUAAUGCAAUAUUAAGUGGCUCGUGUUUUCGUAUCUCUAAAUUAAAAUGCAAAUUCCUUAAAUGCUCUAGACACCUGUGCAUGUGUCCCCAAUAGCUACUUUGUAUAUUUAAUUCAAGUGCCCUAUAAAGUAUUUGUAAUGAUGUAAUCUCUCAGACACCGUAUGACUAUAAUAAUUUCACUCACCUCACAUUGAUCUUAUUUAGAAAGGUAGCCUAGUAUGCAAAAUGUUGCGAUGAAUUCAGGACAAGUUUUACUAGCUCAGUUGUAAUAAUGAGGUCCAAUGAGCAAACAUCCACGCGUGGAUCUCACACAAAUAACUUCUAUUCACUUUUCUUUUCAAUACUUUUUUUUAACUUUGUGUCUUAAUAUGGCUUUAAUGCAAUAUGUCCCCCAAAAAUAAUAGGCUUACUGAAACUGCGCCUCUUUUGCGUAAAAGCAGUCUAUUUUGGAUCAUGCACAUGUAAGUUUGUCCUUUUCAUAUAUAGCCUAUAUAUACAGUAUUUUAUGUAAUACUCGAGACCAUGUCCAGAUCUGACACUGUGAGCCCACCCGUUGCUGGCGCUCCUGGACUGAGGGGAGGGACGGAACACAGAUCUGCUUGGGGUGAGUCGGAGUCCGUGGCGAACGGAUGUCCAUACUCGGCCAGAUCCUCCAGCAGAAAGCUCAUACGGUCCAACAGUCGCUGGAUAGAGGAGGAUGAAUUCGAGCGACCACCGGGUCGAGCAACGACCACCGUCAGCCGGGUUAGUUUCAGAUCCAAGUCUGCGUGGCAAGAACAUGGGGAGGAGAGUCGCAACAAUAACCGAUCGUCCCUGAGGUACCGAGAUGGAGAAGUGAGACCAAAGUCUGUGGAGUUGGGUUUGGAGGACAGGAGAAGCAAGUCCAAGCCCGAGGAAGAGCUGAUGCCCGAAGUGGAGAACUUUUCCAUGGUUGCGUGCUGCCAAGGCGUGAUGCAGAUCUUGAAAUCCAAGAAAUUCCAGUCGGAGAAGUUGGAGAGGCUUUACCAGCGCUACUUCUUCCGACUCAACCAGAGCAGCCUGACGAUGCUCAUGGCCGUUCUGGUGCUGGUGUGCGCGGUGAUGCUGGGCUUCCACUGCGCCGGAGGAGUGUGUCGACUCGAGUACGUCGUGGUUUUCUCCACGGCGAUCUUGCUGGUCCUCACGCUGAUGCUUGUGUGCAACAGGACCGGCUUCCAUCAGGAUCACAUGUGGAUAGUUUGCUAUGUGGUCAUUUUGGUGGUGCUGCUCGUGCAGGUGAUCGGCGUGCUGUUCGUGGAGCCGCGGAGCGCGUCUGAAGGUAUCUGGUGGACCGUGUUCUUCAUUCAUGUCAUUUACACUCUUCUGCCGGUGCGGAUGCGAGCAGCGGUCAUCACUGGAAUUAUACUGUCUGCUGUACACGUGCUAGUCUCUUGGAAGUUAAACGAAAUGGACGUCUUAAUAUGGAAACAGCUUGUGUCCAAUGUGCUGAUCUUCUCCUGUACUAAUAUAGUUGGCGUAUGCACACACUACCCAGCGGAAGGCUCACAGAGACAAGCCUUCCAGGAGACCAGAGAAUGUAUUCAAGCUCGACUGCACUCUCAGAGAGAAAACCAGCAACAGGAACGCCUCCUUCUCUCUGUGCUUCCUCGACAUGUCGCCAUGGAGAUGAAAGCCGACAUAAAUGCCAAACAGGAGGAUAUGAUGUUCCACAAGAUUUAUAUUCAGAAGCAUGACAAUGUUAGUAUUCUCUUUGCCGACAUCGAGGGUUUCACCAGUCUUGCUUCCCAGUGCACUGCCCAGGAGUUAGUGAUGACCCUCAACGAACUCUUUGCACGAUUUGACAAACUGGCCGCCGAGAAUCACUGUCUGCGCAUUAAGAUCCUGGGCGACUGCUACUACUGUGUGUCUGGACUGCCAGAUGCCCGUGCUGACCAUGCACACUGCUGCGUGGAGAUGGGAGUGGACAUGAUUGAAGCGAUCUCGUUGGUGAGGGAAGUCACCGGUGUCAACGUCAACAUGCGUGUGGGCAUACACAGCGGGCGAGUCCACUGUGGGGUGCUGGGAUUAAGGAAGUGGCAGUUUGAUGUUUGGUCCAACGAUGUCACCUUGGCCAAUCACAUGGAAGCUGGGGGCAAAGCAGGGCGUAUCCAUAUCACUAAGGCAACCCUGAACUACCUGAAUGGGGAUUAUGAUGUGGAACCUGGAUUUGGUGGAGAGAGAAAUGUCUAUCUCAAGAAGCACAACAUUGAAACAUACCUCAUAGUGGGCUGUAGUCAGAAACGGAAAGAAGAAAAGGCCAUGAUUGCUAAGAUGAACCGGCAGCGCACCAACUCAGUUACCCAUAACAGCACUCACUGGACCGAUCGGCCCUUCUGCAAUCACCUGGGUGGCAAUCAGGUUUCCAAGGAGAUGAAGAGGAUGGGAUUUGAAGAUCCGAAAGACAAACAUUUCAUUUUCAGAAACACUCAAGAAAACCUGAACCCUGAAGAUGAGGUGGACGAGUUCCUGGGCCGCGCCAUUGACGCCCGGAGCAUCGACCGGUUACGGUCCGAACAUGUCAAGAAAUUUCUGCUGACUUUCCGAGAACCUGACUUGGAGAAGAAGUACUCCAAACAGGUAGACUCCAGGUUUGGAGCAUACGUAGCCUGCGCAUCCCUUGUCUUUUUAUUCAUCUGCUUCAUUCAGAUCGUCAUUGUACCACACUCGGAGCUGAUGGUGGGCUUCUAUAUACUUUGUCUGGUCCUCCUGAUGGCUGUCAUGUUCAUCUCGGCCAUUUACUCUUGUUUUGGGUUUUUCCCUGUGCCUCUGCAAACUGUGUCCAAACGGAUUGUUCAGUCCAGACUCAACAGCACCCUGGUGGGGGUUUUUACAAUCCUCCUGGUCUUUCUCUCCGCUUUCAUUAACAUUUUCAACUGCAGUAUGGAUGACCUGAAGACAUGUAUAGGGCAGGAGUUUAAUAUCAGCGCCAGUGAAGUGAAUGCUUGCCAUGUCCGCAGCUCUUCCUUUAACUACUCUCUCUGGUCUCAGGACAGCCUGUGCAACAGCUUGUCACCCACCUGCAAUUUCCCAGAGUACUUCUCCUCAUGUGUGUUGCUGAGCUUGCUGGCGUGCUCAGUGUUCCUGCAGGUCAGCAGUAUUGGGAAACUCUUCCUCAUGCUCUUCAUUGAGAUCUUGUAUGUGCUCAUCAUUGAGGUACCUGAGGUCAGCCUGUUUGACAAUGUGGAUCUGCUGGUCAUGGCCAAUGCUAUCGAAUACAUCAAUGGAACAAGCUGUGUGACAGACACGCGGGUUCCUCUGAAGAUCAUCACUCCAGUCGUCAUCACGGUCUUUGUGCUGGCACUGUACCUUCAUGCACAGCAGGUGGAGUCCACUGCAAGACUGGACUUUCUCUGGAAGUUACAGGCUACAGAGGAGAAGGAGGAGAUGGAGGAACUUCAGGCCUACAACCGUCGGCUUCUCCACAACAUCUUACCCAAAGAUGUGGCCGCACACUUCUUGGCACGCGAGCGGCGGAACGAUGAGCUGUAUUAUCAAUCGUGUGAAUGUGUGGCUGUGAUGUUUGCCUCCAUCAGCAACUUCUCUGAGUUCUAUGUGGAGCUGGAGGCCAACAAUGAAGGUGUGGAGUGCUUGAGACUACUCAACGAGAUCAUCGCUGACUUCGACGAGAUCAUUAGUGAGGAUCAGUUUCGUCAACUUGAAAAGAUCAAAACCAUUGGCAGCACAUACAUGGCUGCAUCUGGCCUUAAUGACUCCACCUACGAUAAGGCGGGAAGGUCGCACAUUCGCGCUCUGGCUGACUACGCCAUGCGCCUUAUGGACCAGAUGAAGUACAUCAAUGAGCACUCUUUUAAUAACUUCAAAAUGAAGAUUGGUCUCAACAUGGGUCCCGUCGUGGCUGGUGUCAUAGGGGCCCGUAAACCGCAAUAUGAUAUAUGGGGGAAUACUGUGAACGUAGCCAGCCGGAUGGACAGCACUGGGGUACCUGAAAGAAUCCAGGUCACAACAGACCUCUACCAGGUUCUCAGCUCAUAUAACUACACACUUGAGUGCAGAGGGGUUGUUAAAGUGAAGGGCAAAGGAGAAAUGACCACCUACUUUCUAAAUGGAGGACCCAACACCAGUUAACACUCUAACAGCA